AUGCUGGCAUGCGCAGACACCCUGGCUGAUUACACCAAACCUAACACACGUCGGGCGGGCCCUGAUAAAAGGCCGAAUGAGCACAGCCGCCUCAGUAGCUGCUUAGAGGCACGGGGAACAGGCCCUUUGAUUCUGCAUCGGCUGGAAGCAACUGUUAUUCCGUUAUGUUUCGUUGGACAAGACUGCCAGAGGAUUCCCAGCAUUCUCGGCGCGACCUACGGACUUCAGACCAAGCGAUUGGACCUUUCCUACAAUGCUAUAAGAUCCCUGGAAGGCUUAGAGAAAUUCCCAUAUUUAGAGGAACUUGUGCUGGACAACAACUACAUAGAUGACAGUGUGAUGAUUCCUUACCUGGAUACUCUGCACACGCUUUCACUCAACAAGAAUAAGGUGACCAAUCUCGACAAACUACUGGACCAGGUGAGUGUCCAGCUGCCCAAUCUGCGUUACCUGAGUCUCCUUGGCAACGUGGCCUGCCCUGACCAGCUCUCCUCCUCAGACAUGGACGAGAGAGACUACAAGAGAUAUAGACUGUACGUCCUACACCGACUCCCGUCCCUGAAAUUCCUGGAUUCGACGGGCGUGAGGAGAAGCGAGCUGCGGGAGGCGAGGAAGCGAGGGGCGCUGACGAAGGUGAUUCGGCCGGGGCUGGAGUCCGCACAAAAUUCUUUGGGCACAGGCGGGGACGCGCAGGUGACCCCUGUAGAGACUAGCAUGAGAGCCAAGAGAAUGAACGGGGAAAGCAAGAAUGGCACAACAAUCAAGCGAGAGAAUUCGGACACGCCUUCGCACCCACAGCAUACAGGUGCGUACGGAAUCCGUCGGUACAAAUAUGUCGGACAUAAUUCAGAGGGAAACCGCUUCAUCCGUAACGAACAUCUCUGAGAGGAGUUCACCGGUGUCUUCGGCCUCGUCGGCGUCCCAUUACCAAGACGAACUCACGGCCUCUCAGUCAAGUCAGAGGCUCGUGCUGGUGGGGGAGAUGAGCCUCUGAGCCUCUGGGAGGACUGGGAGGAAGAUGAAGAGGAAAAAAGGGAUAUGGUGGAGGUUAUGUUUGUCGAGAAAGGAAGAUUUGAAAUAUAAAAAAGAAACGCUUUUUGAAUUCAUGUGGUGUGAAAGAAGAAGGAACGGUGGUUCGAGGGAGAUUGUGUGUUUGUUGAGAAGGGGGAAUUUUGACCUAAAAAAAAAAAAACGCUUUUGAACUCUGGUAUGAGAUUUUCUAUUUGUAUGUGUGGUUUGGUGUAGAUAUGUUUGUCAGGAGAGAUAUUUUGAAGUUUUUUCUUCAAAAUUUCUCGCCUGACAAACAUAUCUACACCAAACCACAACUUUUUCAAGUAAUGUUGUGUGUGAUUUUAUUUUAUGUGCAUAAGAGAGUGAUUUUCUUUUCCCCGAACCCAUAGGAUUGAAAAUAUCUAGAAAUGUCUGAAAUGUGAAUGUUUCUGAAUGUAUAUAUAUAAGAAACGGAACUGGUCAGUGUACAGUCAUGGACAUCCAAAACCUCGCACAGAGAACGUCAUGUGAGUUAGUAACACAUGAUGUUAGGUUAAGAGGAUGUUGAAGUCUAGCCCAAGAGGAGAAGUGUGUAUUGGGGUAAAAAAAAAGAGACUGGUGUGAUGUAUUGCCAGGAGAAUGGGUUAAGGUGAGCAGUUGUAAUGGAAAACGAGUGAAUAGCAAGUGUUUUGUUCGUGAAUGUUGAUAUAUGUUUUAAGAUGAAAUGUUUGAGUCUUCGCUAAAAUCUCUCUUCGGUAUGUAGUGUGAGUACACUGCAUGAAACUGCAAAAUAGGUUCAAAGGAGGAGAAGAAGAGAAAGAAGAAGAAGGGAAAAAAGAGGAAGAAGAAGAAGAAGAAGCGGUAGACGAAGAAGAAGAAGAAGCAGUAGACGAAAAAGGAGGAGUAGACGAAGAAGAAGAAGAAGGAGUAGACGAAGACGUAGAAGAAGUAGUAGAAGAAAAAGAAGUAGAAACAGAAGUAUUAGUAGUAGAAGCAAAAGCAUCAACAACAAAAACAACAAACACACCAUUAACCCUAAGGCGGACCCGAAAUUCCACAUCUUCGAAUCAUGAGGCAGAAUAUGCUUUUUUUAGUCUCCCUAAAAAUCAAUAUAACGCACGAAAGUUUUACAAUAAGUCACACA